GAGAGGAAAAGGAUGUGAAAUUUAGGGAAGAAGCAAAAAAAAUGAUAGAUGCAAUGCUUGCCCUGAUGAAAGAAAAUACUGGAACUGUUGCCAAGUGUGUUAUGCCGAUGCCAUUGGCGGAGAUCCUAUAUCUAGAGCUGCAUUGGAGAUGGAAGCAGAUACACCAAACAAAGCGGGAGAAACUAUCCUUCACCUUGAAUCAAAGAAGGGAGCUAUAGAAAACGUUCGGUUCAUUUUGAGUGCGUUUGCAAAGAAAAACCUUUUGGUCAGGCUGGAUAAUCGAAAACAAAGUGCACUUUACCUUGCAGCACAUCAUGGACACGCUAAAGUGGUUGAGGCUCUCCUUAGUGCAGCCAAACGUAAUUUGCCUCCUUCCUCAGCAAAUGAUAAUCCAUUGACUCCUUUUCAAACUUAUAUUUGGCAAGCCAAUGGUAUAAAUCAGAACACCGCGUUACACUUGGCAGUCCUUAAUAAUGACGUGGCUAUUGUUAAGCUCUUAGUGGAGGCCGAUCCAAAUUACAGCCAUUUUCGAAACAAUGAAGGCAAAACUCCAAUCUACAUGGCUGCGGAAAAUGGGUUCAAAAAUGUGGUGAAGGAGAUGUGCAAGACUUGCACAGCUUUGUCUUUUGAUGGCCCAGCUGGUUGUACCACUGCUUUGCAUGCUCUUAUUCAGAAUCUCAAACAAGGGCAAGAAGAAGACAGAGAAGUGAUUACGAUGAGCGUUCAAGCAGCCAAACGUUGGAGUUUAGCGGAGGAAGCACUAGAUGCAGAUUUUAAAUCAUUAUUUCAGAGAAUUGAUGAGUCGGGACGCACUCUGUUAGAAUUGGCAAUGUUCCACAAUAACGUGAACGCUGUUGAACUGAUAUUACUUGAAGAUCCGGCCUAUCAAGAUGGCCGUGGAAGUGGAAAUCAGGGUCUUUUGCGUUUAAUCUACCAAGCCAUGGAGAAUAUAUGCAGUGACAAAAUUGUCGAAUUACUGUCUGCAACUUUCGAAACUGGGAUGGACCCAAAUCUUAAAGGCGUGCUAGGUUUGAUUAUUGCUAUUCAAAGAGGCGAUCCUGCAGGUCCUAUAUGCCAACUCUUUGAAGAUAAUAAACAUUUCGUAAAUUUUGUGGACUCUGAAGGAUGGACCCUGCUUCAUCAUGCAGCAUAUCACCAAUUUGAUUCUAUACUCGGUGUCAUGAUAGAAGCUCAAGAAAAAGUAGGAUAUCAAUUUGUAUGUCGAGAGAGGGUAGCAACACCAUUUCAUGUAGCAGCAAGAUGUGGACAUACUUCUACUGUUAUUCGGCUUCUGCAAUUAUGGCCAACUUCGUCGUCGCCGUACACAACAAUCGAUGAAGUAUGGCCAGCUGCGCCCUCUCCGUACACAACAGUUGACGAGAAUGGUCAAAACAUAUUACACUUGGCUGCUCUUCAGAAUAAAAAGGAGAUGGCGAAUGGUAUUUUAAGAUAUUGUCCACCAAAGCAGAAGACCCUGCUUUUAUUCAAAAGAGAUGAUGAGGGCAAUACACCUCUCCAUUUACUUGUCGCUCAAGGAUGCUUCAUUGAGGAUCUCAUCAAAUAUAUAGCAGCAGCUGGUGAUACGACCAAUAACGAUAAUUGGACUCCCAGAGACAUGUUAUAUCAUGGACAUGACAUUGUUGGUGAUCAGGUACAAAUAAAAAUGGCACUGGAUGAUAUCAACACCCAUCGGUCUAGGAAACUCUGGUCUAGUACCAGAAAGAAAAGUACUUCUUCAAGUUUAGCAGUGCUCCCUAGUAGACGAGAGAGAAAAGAUAUCCUAUUUAAUGAAGGACAAAAAGUGUUUAUGGCCAUAAUGAAGGAAAUAAAGCAACAAGAACUGCAAAGAUAUAAAGACGGGACCAACAGCCAGAUAGUAGUUAGUGCACUUAUAACUACAAUAACUUUUACGGUAGGAUUCACCAUACCUGGUGGUCUUCAUCAAAGUGGAGAAAGUAAUCAAGGAUUGGCGGUUCUUUCAAACAAGGCAGCUUUUAAAAUAUUUAUGAUAGCCGAUGCCUUUGCUUUGCUAUUGUCCACCUGUGCUUUGGUCAUCUGCUUUCUUGAAGAUAUGUCACAAGAUCUUGAGCAUGUGACCAGACUUCAUGCAACAACCGUUGGGCUGAACAUUGGUUCCGUUAUGUUGACGAUGUUUGUUUUUAUGACAGGAACGUAUGUUGUAUUUUCCGAUUCAUUAUCCCUGGGCAUUACCAUUUGCGUCAUCGGUUCCCUCUUUUUUAUUUUUGUCAUUGUUCAACUGCUGAGGAUUGCAUAUGAUCACCGAGUACGGAAGAAUGACGAUUACAAGAAAGAAGCUUGAGUAUCUGUUUUUCUAUUUUCAGUUAUUUCAUGUACUCAUGAUAUAUGGAAUCAUGACUCCAUUAAAGAGGAUUGAAAAUUGUAGAAGCUGUCAAGGCACUUGUUUAUUAAUUAAUAGUAAACUACAAUGUUGUCACGGCCA